AAAAAGGAAUUGGUGUAGUGAAAUUAGGGUUUGCAACAACGGUGAGAAAUGAACUUCCGCAGCAUUCUGAUUAGGGCUUCCGGUUAUCCUCAACUCUGGAAGAGGGCAUGUACAACGGUCGCUGCUCCGUUGUCGGCUGAUCUAUGCGAAGGAGAUUCCAAGAAGGCGAAGGCGGCCUCAAGGAAGCGGGAGAAGGAGAAGAUGUUUGAGAAGCUGCAGUCUCUCACUGGUGAAUACUUAGAUCUCAUAACGAAACAGCAAAAGGAGAAGAGAACUUCGUUGUCUGUGGCGGAUCUCGCCGGCUGGGCGAAGCGUCUUUUCAAGGACGGGAAACUUGAUCAUGCUCUUGAGAUCUACGGGUGGAUGGAGAAAAAGAAGAUGAAAUUUUCUGCCUCACAGUUUGCAGAUUAUGUGGAAGUUGUGGGUGAUUUGAAAGGCUUCGAAGCUGCUAAGGAAGUGUUUUACAGAAUAGACCCAGAGUUCAACCAGAUGGACCUUGAUGCCAAGAAUUUGCCAGCUUUCUUGAUGCUCGUGAGGUUUGACGCAUUGGCCUUCGAAGAUCCUGUUGCUGAGAGACGUCGUGAACAUUUUCUUGUUGGGAGACGUGGUGAAUAUGCUAUGUUUGAGAAACGUGGUCGUAGAGGACUGCCUUCCCUAGAGGAUGAGGAUCCUUUACCUCUUAGACGAUAUUGAUGGUAAUGCUAUAUAAUGGCGUCAUAAUGGAAUGUGUCUUAUUGAAUAAAGCACGCACUGAAUCCUUGUAUUUCUUCUUUCUUAAUGGUUGUGUCUCUUCCUUACUUUGUAUCUUUGUCGGAAAUGCUUUUAUCCAACCAGCAGCUGUUGAUUAUUA